UCCUUCCAUCUUCCUAUCCCAUCCACAGCUCUCUCUCUCUUUCCCGAAUUCUCUCCCUCCACGUCUCUCUCUCUCCUCGCAGAUCUAGCUAUUGUAUGGCAGUGAGGUUCCUGGCGCGCGAGGUAUCGGACCUGUGCCUUGGAAAGCCGGCGCUGACGGCCCUACCCGCCUCCUCAGCCACCGUCGCCGACGCCCUGUCGGCCCUCAAGAGGUCCGGCGAGAGCCACGUCAGCGUAUGGGCCUGCUGUGAGAACAACCACGACCACUCCGAUCUCUGCUCCCCCGCCGCCAAGGCGGGUGGCGAGUGCCGGUGCGUCGGGAAGAUCUGCAUGGUGGACGUGAUCUGUUUCUUGUCCAGGGAGAAGAACUUGGUGGACCCGUCGGCUGCGCUUCGGGCGCCGGUCUCCGAUCUGUUGGAUAAAGCGGGUGCUGGGAUCGUUAGGCAUUUGGAGCCGCAUUCUAGCUUACUGGAAGCAAUUGAUUACAUCCUUGACGGGGCACAAAAUUUAAUCGUCCCCAUUGAGACAAGAACAACCACCUUCACGUCAAGGAAGAAACACCUCACCAAAUCUUCCUCUUUCGGGUCCACGCUCCACAACGGCCGCGAAUUCUGCUGGCUAACUCAAGAAGACGUGGUCCGCUUCCUCCUCAACUCCAUCGGCAUCUUCUCCCCGAUCCCAGCUUUCACAAUCGAAUCGCUCAACAUAAUCGAAACCAACAUCAUGUCUAUCUACUAUGAUGACCCAGCCUCCUCAGCCUUGGACUCCAUUUCUCUCUCCCUCACUGAGCAAAAGUCAAUCGCAGUCGUUGAUGAAGACAACAAAUUGAUUGGCGAAAUAUCACCUUACACCCUUUGUUGUUGUGAUGAAACUGCUGCGGCGGCAAUUUCAACCCUCUCUGCUGGUGAUCUAAUGGCUUAUCUUGAUUAUAGUGGCCCACCGGAGGACUUGGUUAACCUGGUGAAGGAAAGGUUGGAAGAGAAGAAUUUGGGAGCAAUCUUGGAAUUAAUGGAGGAACUUUCUUAUUCAUCAUCAUUAUCGUCUUCCUCUUCUGACGAGGAGUUCGGGUUGGUUAGGGGUGGUGGGUUGGGCCGGAAUUUCCCCGCAAGGCGGUCGGAGACGAUCAUCUGCCGUCGGUGGAGUUCUUUGGUGGCGGUGAUGAUUCAGGCGCUUGCGCAUCGCGUGAGUCAUGUUUGGGUUGUGGAAGAGGACUAUAGUAUAGUUGGAAUUGUGACGUUUGCUGGGAUUUUGAACGUGUUUCGGAGCAUAGCAGGGGUUCGAAAAGCUUGAGAGAGAGUUUGUUCAAGCAAUAACAAAAUGGUACUGCAGAGAUCAGUGGGAAAAUUUGGCUAAGACCAUAAUUGGAAGUUGAAGGGUUUUUGUUGUAUGUGCUAUUUGUGUAACUUAAAUGUUAUGCGUAAAGGGUACUAAAUAUUUUUGGUCUUGUGGUUGGGAAUCCAUUUUCUUUUGCAAGAGUUCAAGAAAGUGAAAAUGUGAAUUGGAUUCCCCUCAGAUUAUUGACCUCAUUUCCAGACUCCAGAGCAAUCGAAUUAGAGAGAAUUUGGCUA